AUGUCUCCUUAUAUGAAACUAGUGAAAGGUGCUACAAAGAUUAAAGUAGCACCUCCAAAGGAUAAAUACAUGGUGCCAAUUCUAAAUGCCAUUGAUAACCGUGAGGAAUUCAACGAUAUCAUAUAUGACAUUCGUGUACGUAUUGGUAACAAUAAACAACAAUGGUCAAUAGUCUUCAAAUCUUUAGUGGUAAUACAUAUGAUGAUCCAGGAGAAUCCCAGACUUGUAUUGGAUUAUUUAUCUGCAAACUUGGAAUUCUUCAAUAAUAUGCAAGUGAAAAUUUAUAAUAGUAAUCGGAAAUGGGCUACGACAGAUCUAAGUGUAAUGAGACGUUAUUCAGAUUAUUUAGAGUGUAUCGCCGUGGAAUGGGAUAUAAUGAAAAGAUAUGGGAGCGAAUCACGUCCAAGUAAUAAAGAAAGGUUACGUUAUGUGCAAUCGCUCGAGAGACAGACUUUGAAAUUGAUGAGGAAUAAAUAUUCUCAAAUGGAUUUAGAGACAGAUUUAUUUUUUUUCACUUUUAAAUUAUUAGUUAAAGAUUUAUUAUCGUUGUACAAUAAAUUGAAUGAAGGUGUCAUUAAAUUACUGGAAUCCUUCUUUGAUUUAGCUUAUGAAGAUGCAGAGAUCACAUUAGACCUAUACAAGAGAUUUGUAGAUGUCACAGAAUCAGUGGUAACAUACUUACGUGUAGGUAAAGCAUUGGGGUUGAAUAUACCUGUUAUUAAACACAUCACUACAAAGUUGAUUAGAUCGCUGGAAGAUCAUCUAAAUGAUAGGUCGAAUUAUACUUCCAAACAAACUCCAAGAUUCGAACCACAACAACAACCACAACAAGAGCAAAGAAGAGAACCAUCGAGACAACAGAGUAUUGCUCGUGAUGAUGAAUUGACACCGGUAGCACAACAGAAAUAUGAUGAAGUACAAGAAGAAAAACGGAAAUUGCAACAACAAUUACAACAACAACAAUAUUUGAUUUCGCCGUCUACAAUGUCUAGUAACAAUCCAUUCUCACCACAAAUCGAUCAAUUCUCUUUCGAGCCGCAACCACAACAAGAAUUACAAACUACUGCUACUGGAAAUCCGUUCUUAAUGCAACAACCUGUUCAAGUUUCAUACACCAAUUCCCAAUACAUGGGGAGUCCCAGUAUUAAUGCUCCACCAAGUUAUGCAGCAGCAGCAGUAGGAAAUUCACAACCUCAAGCAUCACAGUCUUUAGCACCAGCGAGGUCAACAAGUAUGAUGAUUAACAAUCCAUUUGGAAUGGAUGUUCUUGCAGAGAAUCCGGGAUUAAUGACAGACACUACCACAGGGAUCACAUAUAUGCCUGUUCCUGUCCAGAUAGCUGCUGUGAAUCCAUUCGAUCAAUCUGAAUCACCACAGCAACAACAACAACAACAGCAACAGCAACAGCAAUAUCAUCAAGCUCCUCUAGGCCAUACUCUAAGACAAGACAAUAGUCUGGUAGAUUUAUAA